UCCAAGCAUGAUCCCGGGUCCCAACCCGUUCAUUCCCACGUGGUUUGAGAGGGAGACGCUGCUGCCUCCCCAAAUCCCCUUCUUCAAUCUUCCAGAUUUCUUACAGGGUGUCUCUGUCGUUUUGGUCGAUAAAAACGAGACCAAAAGGAGAAGGAAAAACACAGAGGAAGGCCGAUGAUGGCGGUGGCGGCAGUCAGACUUCGAGGUUCAGAAGCCUUCUUUAUUGGGUCCCAAAUUCAGCGAUGCCAAAUGAAAAUAAUGGGUAUGAUUCUUCCAUCACUGUUGUCUAGCAACCACUCCAACUCCAUUUCUUCUUCUAGAAGUAACAGUAGCAGUAGCAGUAGAUAUAAACUCAAAAAUGAUGAUGCUUCUUCUUCUUUCAGAAACAUUGAUGUUGCCCUUGCUUCUUUCAAUCAAAUGCUUCUUAGGAAACCCCUGCCUUGUAUCAUCCAAUUCAAUAAAUUAUUAUCUUCAAUUGUCAAAAUGAGACAGUAUUACGAUGCUGUGAUUUCUCUUUCCAAACAAAUGGAAUUAGCUGGGCUCUCUCCUAAUACUUAUACGCUUAAUAUCUUGAUUAAUUGCUUCUGCCAGUUGCAAAAUGUUGAUCUUGGGUUCUCUGUCUUGGCUAAAGUCAUUAAACUUGGUCUUCAACCCACUAUUGUCACAUUUACCACAUUAAUAAAUGGGCUUAGUAAGGUGGGUAAAUUUGCCCAAGCCGUGGAAUUAUUUGAUGACAUGGUGGCAAGAGGGUGUCAACCUGAUGACUACACUUAUACUACGAUUAUCAAUGGCUUAUGUAAGAUUGGGGAAACUGCUGUGGCUGCUGGAUUGUUUAAGAAAAUGGAAGAGGCUGGCUGCCAGCUGAAUGUGGUGACAUAUAGCACACUCAUCCACUGUCUUUGCAAAUACAGGCGGGUGAAUGAUGCUUUAGAUAUCUUCUCUUAUAUGAAGGCUAAAGACAUUUCCCCAACAAUUUUCACUUACACCUCUUUGAUCCAGGGCUUGUGCAAUUUCAGCCGAUGGAAGGAGGCUUCGGCAUUGCUAAAUGAAAUGAUGAGUUUGAAUAUCAUGCCAAAUGUUGUCACCUUCAACGUGCUAGUUGAUACAUUUUGUAAAGAAGGCAAGGUUUUAGUGGCUGAAGGUGUGUUAAAAACAAUGACUGAAAUGGGUGUGGAGCCUGAUGUAGUGACUUACAAUUCAUUGAUGUAUGGAUAUUCCAUAUGGACAGAAGUUGUUGAAGCUAGAAAGCUUUUUGAUGUUAUGAUAACCAAGGGUUGUAAACCUGAUGUUUUUAGUUACAGCAUCCUAAUUAAUGGAUAUUGUAAGGCCAAAAGGAUAGAUGAGGCCAAGCAACUUUUUAAUGAAAUGAUUCAUCAAGGCUCAACUCCGAACAAUGUUAGUUACAACACUCUUAUUCAUGGAUUGUGCCAAUUAGGCAGACUUAGGGAAGCACAAGAUCUUUUCAAGAAUAUGCACACUAAUGGCAACCUCCCAAAUUUAUAUACUUAUGCAAUAUUGCUUGAUGGCUUUUGCAAACAAGGGUAUCUUGGUAAGGCAUUGAGAUUGUUUCGAGCAAUGCAAAGUACUUACUUGAAGCCUAAUUUGGUGAUGUAUAACAUCCUAGUUAAUGCCAUGUGCAAAUCCGGGAAUCUUAAAGAUGCAAGGGAACUGUUUUCAGAACUCUUUGUCAAUGGGUUGCAGCCUAAUGUUCAGAUAUACACUACAAUAAUAAAUGGACUUUGUAAAGAAGGAUUGUUAGAUGAAGCAUUGGAAGCUUUCCGAAAUAUGGAAGAGGAUGGCUGCCCUCCAGAUGAAUUUUCUUAUAAUGUUAUUAUCCGAGGAUUUCUCCAGCACAAGGAUGAAUCAAGGGCAGUGCAUCUUAUUGGUGAAAUGAGAGACAGAGGUUUCAUUGCAGAUGCGGGAACCACAGCUUGGUAGAAGAUCUGUUAUCUAUCCUGUUCUGAAGAAGUAUCUAGGCUUACUUGAAGUCCUCAUGGUGAAAAGGCGUGUCAAUUUAUCACGCUGCUACUUCACGCUGCAAAUAUUAGGGGGAUGCUACCCCCAAUUCUGCAAAUGAGAAACAAAUAAAUACGCAAGCAACCCUGUGGGGGCGCGCGGCGAGUUGAGUGGAGUAAGAUUCAGAUACCUACUGAUGUAGUAGUGGUUCCUUAUGAUACCUUGGAGUCAGCUCCUGAGGACCCAGAGGAAACCAAGAAGCUUUUCAACAAGCUUGUUGUUUUGAAGGUUAGUGGAGGUUUGGGUUGGGGACAACAAUGGGAUGCACUGAAUAUGUAAUCUUUUGUUUGUUAUGCUGUCAAAUUGCUAGGGAAAAAAAGAAGAAGAAUGGAGGUUUAGGAGAUAUAUAUGACAUUGAACUUGAUUUAUGCUGUUGUGUUUCACAGUUCUGGCAUAGAAGUUCAUAAUGGACUGACAUUUCUUAACCUUAUUGUCAUCGAGAUUGAGAAUCUUAACAACGAAUAUGGGUGCAGCGUUCCCUUGUUUCUAAUGAACUCAUUCAACACUCAUGAUGAUACACAGAAGGAAGUGAAUGGAGUCAGUUCUUCAGCUAGAAACUGAAGCUGGAGCAGCAAUUAGGGUACUUGAUGCUCAUCACACAUUUGAUGCAUUUUUUCCUCAUCUACCAGUUCUGACCGUGCAAUUGGUAUAAAUGUACCUCGAUCUUGAUUCCCUCCAGUGAAGGCUUCUUCAGAUCUGCUUCUUGUUCAGUCUGAUCUUUUUUACUUUAGUUUAUGGCUUUGUCAUCCGAAAUCCAGCUAGAACAAAUCCUGCAAAUCCUUCUAUCCAAUUGGGGCCAGAAUUUAAGAAGGUUGCCAACUUCUUGAGCUGAUCUAAGCUAAUCCAUAGCAUCAUUGAGCUUGAUAGUCGUAAGGUGGCUGGUGAUGUAUGGUUCCGUGCUGAUAUUACUCUCAAGUUUCUAGGCAGAAUCAUAUGAUAAGAAACUAAUUUCUCAACAACAGCAUCACCAAUGCUUAACCCAAAUUAGAGCAAUUCAAAGCAG